GCUGCAGGUGCAGGCAGGACUGGCAGCGCGCUCUGGCACGGCGGCGUGGAGGGCAUAGAGCACCUCGGUGGGCAGCCGUAGCAGAGCCCCCUGCCAGCCCGAGACCCCCGGAGGAUCGGGUCUCUCCGCGAAGCAGGGGCUGAAGCAGACCAUGUCGGUGGUGACCGGGGGCAGCGAGCCGGGGCCCGCCGCCACUGGAGGAGGCGGAGGGAACCGCGUUUUCUUCCAGAGCCCCCGCGGCGGCGGCGUUGGCGGCUCGUCCCGGGAAGAGUCGGUGGCCCCGUCGGCGGCGGUGGUGCAAGUUCAGCAGCAACAGCGGCGCCACCAGCAGGGCAAAGUGACGGUCAAAUACGAUCGCAAGGAGCUGCGGAAAAGGCUCGUGCUGGAGGAGUGGAUCGUGGAGCAGCUCGGGCAGCUCUACGGCUGCGAGGAGGAAGAGAUGCCCGAUGUAGAAAUCGACAUUGAUGACCUUCUUGAUGCUGCUAACGAAGAGGAGAGAGCACUCAAAUUACAAGAAGCGCUUGUAGAUUGCUACAAACCCACAGAGGAUUUUAUCAAAGAACUGCUAACUCGGAUAAGAGGGAUGAGAAAAUUGAGCCCUCCUCAGAAGAAGAGUAUAUAACUGGAAGCAGAGCCCUCUUGAGAGAUGUGGCUGCUAAACUGGGACUUUCGAUAGAUCAACUUCUAGUUCGGUCUUUAUGAGCAAUUUAUUAUUACUUUUUGGUUGAGUUCUGACAUUUUAAUGAAUUUGACGACUUCUGUUUUUAAGGCUUUUUUAAAGUGUCAGUUGUUUUUUUUAAUCAUGGAUAUCAACAUUAUGGAUGCUGCUUUUACUACCUGAGGAUGCUCAAAGUAGGUGGGGAAACGCCAAAUUUAGAGAGACUUCCGCUGUCCCAGACAGUAAUCCUACCUGACGAAUUCUGUAUAGAACUACUAGGGGGUGCUCUUCCUUUGCGACCAGUUGGGUUGUUUCAUUAAGUUGUGCACCAGACUCAUGGAUGUUAAGGUUCUUGUGCUUAUGUACAUAAAUUAUCGAGUGAGUGUUACGUUUUGCUUCACAUGGUUGGAAGGGAAAUGUGGUCUUGUUAACAAUUUAAACAAAAGUUGUAGCAGAUGUGAUGUUGGGGUGGGGGUGGGGAGGCAAUUUGUUAAAAGUCAAUGCUGCCACUGUUUCUAAAUGCAUUUAAAGCAUUGGGGUGAAUAGACUCAUUCACAAAGCAACAUAUGAGCAAGCUAGGGGGUUUCAAGGGCUUAAUUUUGUAGACUUUGAACUUAUUUUAUUGACUUUUGAUGCUUAGCCAGAUCAUCUUCUCUUCACCUCAUGGUCUGUUGGGAUUGUGUUAACCUACUGCCUAAGGGUCUGAUGCAACAGUGAGGGAAGGGUUGAUGCCAUUGAAGGUUUUCAGAUGAGGAAAUGCAAGUGAAACCAAACAAAACCAUGUAAUAUUGGCCCAAUGCAGUUUCUUCCCGCCCUCUCUUCUUGUGACGAGAAUAUUAGACUGAUUCUCCAACUUUGGCAUCAGACUUCAUAGGCUGUGUGGGUGGUACUGGUUCUUAGUUAUGAAAGCCGGAAUCCCUAACACUUCAGGAAAACAUUCUAAAUGUUUCACAAGCUACCAUCUGCUGGUAGAUGCUAGUCUGGCAUUUUAUAUCAAGGGUGCUCUGAACAUACUGUAAUAUUAUUUUUUAAAAGAAGAAAUACAUGUUUGUGGACUUUAUGUAUACUGGCAAGCUUUUUAAAAUGUAUUUAAUUUUGUAAUGUUUUAUCAAUGACUUUAUUUACCAGAUAUUUACUCAAAUAAAUGCAACAAAUUGGG